UUCACACACUCACACACACACACACACACACACUUUUUCUACGCUGCACAUCGUAGGUCAUGGAUCUUACAGGUAAUGUGCUGUUAGUACUUCUUCUGAGUGUUAGCCCAGUGUGGGCCCAGCUGCUCUUGCUGAAAGACAUGUAUGGAACCAUUCAAUCUCCCAACUAUCCUGAAUCCUACCCAAGGCACAGUAAGAUACAGUGGAACAUCAUUGUUCCUGAGGGAUAUCAGAUUCAUCUCUACUUUAUGCACUUCGACAUUGAGCCGUCAUACCUGUGUGAAUAUGACUAUGUAAAGGUGUUUUCAGAAACAGAGGAGCUUGCCAUGUUUUGUGGAACAGAAAAUACAGACACAGAGCGGGUUCCUUCUGAUGAUGUCAUCUUUUCUCCUCGGAACAUGCUCAGUGUUGAAUUUCGCUCAGACUUUUCUAACGAUGAGUGUUAUUCUGGGUUUAAAGCACACUACAGUGCAGUGGAUAUCAAUGAAUGUAGGGAGAAAAACAAUGAAGCUCUGGUUUGUGAUCAUUUCUGUCAUAACUACAUUGGUGGCUACUACUGUUCCUGCCGUUUUGGACAUCUGCUUCAUUUGGACAACAAAACCUGCAAAGUGGAGUGCAGUGACAUUGUGUACACAGAACGUUCUGGUCUUAUCAGCAGUCCAGAUUAUCCUAAACCAUACCCUAAAAGCUCAGACUGUCUAUACCAGAUCAAGCUAGCGAAGGGUUUUGCAGUCACUCUGGAUUUUGAUGAUGCUUUUAGCAUAGAAGCCCACCCUGAUGUCACCUGCCCCUACGAUCACAUCAAGAUUCAGGUAGGAGAAAGGGUGUUAGGCCCAUUUUGUGGAGAUCGCUCACCUGGCAGGAUACAUACAGGAAGUAAUGUUGUGAACAUCCUGUUUCAUAGUGAUAACUCUGGAGAGAACCUGGGCUGGAAACUAAACUAUUCUUCUACUGGCACUGAGUGUCCAGUCCCAUUGUUGCCUCCUAAUAGUCAUUUGGAGCCACUACAGUCUCAGUACUUCUUUAGAGAGCACAUCACUGUGAAAUGUGACCCUGGAUACUUACUGCAAAAGGAUGAAGAAAAGUUUGAACAUUAUCAGAUAACGUGUCAGGCAGAUGGAAGUUGGAGCAGCAGUGUACCACUUUGUAAAAAUCUGCAGAAUACCACUCAGCUAGAAUUUAAAUACCAUCUGUCAAGUGGCCAAGCCGUAUGUGGCCAGGAGUCCAAGCCCUUCCCAACCCAGCAGAAGCGAAUCGUGGGUGGACAAGCAGCUUUUCCAGGUCUCUUUCCUUGGCAGGUUCUUCUUUCUGUAAAAGAUGUUUCCCGUGUACCAGUUGAUCAUUGGUUUGGUAGUGGUGCUCUCCUGUCCCCAUCCUGGGUGCUGACUGCUGCUCAUGUGCUCUGCACACAGCGAAGGGACAUGUCUACUGUGCCUGUUGUCCCUUCACAUGUGCAUGCCACCCUGGGACUCACAGAUGUACGGGACAAAUGGCUGGCAUUUAACCAUUCAGUGGAGAGGCUUAUUCUCCAUCCAGACUUUGACCUACACAACUACAACAAUGAUAUCGCCUUGGUAAAACUCAGUCAACAGGUUAUGCUGAAUGAAUUGGUGAGACCUGUUUGCCUGCCACCCCCCAGGGUCAAUGAUCAGACUCCAUCUCCCUUACCUAAUACACUAGGAGUGGUUGCAGGCUGGGGGAUCAACACUGCUAGUGCUUCUGCCUCAAACAAAAGGAUGAACCUUAAUUCUGGGACAGUGUCUAAUGUGCUGCAGUAUGUAAAGUUGCCAGUUGUGGCACAGGAGAAGUGUCAGGCCAGCUAUUCCUUACGCUCAGUGAACUAUAACAUCACUGAGAACAUGUUCUGUGCUGGUUUUUAUGAAGGUGGACGUGAUACCUGUUUAGGAGAUAGUGGAGGGGCAUUCGUCAUCAAGGACCUUCACAGUGGGAGAUGGGUAGUUCAAGGGUUGGUAUCUUGGGGAGGACCAGAAGAAUGUGGGAGUCAGCAAGUAUAUGGGGUUUACACUCGAGUGUCAAACUAUGCAAACUGGCUGAAUACAACAAUGGAAGCGGAGUGUUGGAAAUAAUUUAAGCUUAUCUGCCUUUUCUUUGUCCCAAUGUGUAAUUUAAUUCAGUUUCUAAAACUAUAUAAUUUGUCUCCUAUAUUUCAUAUGUCCUGGACAUAUUUAUUGUAAUGUUUUUUAAAAAGGCCUAUGUAUAGCUUCUGUAAAGGAAAAUGAAUAAUUUUCCAUAUG